UCCUUCCAGCUUCCAGCUACUGAAAUGUCCAGUCCCCGUCUUCCAUUCUUGUGGCUCUUCCUUCUUUCCCCGCUGGCCUCCAACUCUGCCUCUGAAGGAGAUGACACCAUCGUGGUCACCAGGAGUGGCCCGAUGAAAGGCAGGCGUCUCCAGGUUGGCUCUGGCUCCGUGACUGCUUAUCUGGGUAUCCCCUACGCAGAACCGCCUGUGGGGAAAUUGCGUUUCCAGAAGCCCAUUCCCCAUCAGCCUUGGAGUCAAGUCUUGGAGGCUACCAGGUUUGGAAACUCCUGCUCCCAGUUGCUUUUUCCUGGCUCCCCCCAAACUUCAAUGUGGACUGUCAGCCCACCACUGUCAGAGAACUGUCUCUUUCUGAAUAUCUGGGCGCCCCAUCCAAGGCCUCCUACCCCAGUCCCUGUCCUUGUCUGGAUAUACGGUGGGGGAUAUAUCACUGGCACGUCUUCUCUGGAGAUGUAUAACGGGGCAUCCUUAGCGGCUGAGGAGGAUCUCGUAGUGGUCUCCUUGAAUUACCGUGUGGGGGCUCUGGGCUUUCUUUCACUACCACCAAGUGCCCCAGGUAACGCUGCCCUCUGGGACCAACAGCUGGCCCUGAAAUGGGUGAAGGAGAACGCAGCCGCCUUUGGAGGAGAUCCCGCACGGGUGACCAUUUCAGGACAUAGUGCUGGAGGAGCCUUGGUGGGUUUCCAUCUCCUCUCCCCAGGAAGCCAGCCCCUCUUUGCCCGGGCUGUGAUGCAAAGUGGAACUAUGAAUGCUGUCUAUGCUUGGACAAGUCCUGAGAAGGCCAAACAGAGAGCCCUUGAUCUGGCCCAGAAGCUGGGCUGCACUCAAGAUAAUGGCAGCGACGUGGUGACAUGCCUGCAGGGAAAAGAUGUAGCGGGUUUCAAUAAGUUAUCUGCACUGGACAGCUUGAUGCCUCUGGACAUUCCUUUCACACCCACCACUGAUGGAGAGUUCCUCCCCAGGGACCCACAGAUGCUUCUGGAGACUGGGUGCUUUCCAAAUAAAUCCGUUCUCAUUGGCACCACUUCCGACGAAGGGGCUCUGCACACAGUGUUCAGUUUUCCAGAUGUCAAAGAUGGGCUAAUAACUAGGGAGCAGCUGGUGGAGGGUGUGAGGAGUAUGUUACGAGGGGCCACAGAAGAAGUAGUUCAGGCUGUGGUGCAAGAAUACAACAAAGAGUUCCAUCCCGCAUCCUACCGCUGGGCCAUGGUGCAGUCCAGUGGUGAUUACUUCUUCGUAUGCCCCUCAGCAGAAAUUGCUGCAAAGUUGACCAAAGCUGGGAGUCCCGUGUAUGCUUACUACUUCACACAGCACACCUCGGGCUCCGUUUGGCCUUCGUGGACUGGGGCACCCCAUGGUGCUGAACUGCCUUACUUAUUUGGCACUUUUAAGACGGUCCUGGCUGCCAACCAAACAUGCACAGAGGAGGAGGCUGCGUUAAGCCGCAGGGUGCAGCGAUACUGGGCAGAGUUUGCUAGACAUGGGAAUCCUAAUGGGGUGACCGCCAAGGAGGUUCAGUGGCCACUCUACAAUGCCACCGAGCAGAAUUUCUUCCUCCUUAGCACACAACCACCUCAAACAGUACGGAAUUCACCUGCCCGACACUGUGGUUUCUGGAAAACACAGGUUUUGAAUGUUACACACCCAAGUGGACUUCCUGCUCCAGGCCCAGCUGGUUCCAAGAAGCCUGGAAAAGCACAGGAGAAUAUUCCAUGCUGAGUAAUAAAGAUCCAUUUCUUGUACAGAUGUUAUUUGCUUUGAACUCACUAACAUAGGUCUCAUUAAGAUGUAUAGCUGAAGGUCCAUCUUCUUGAUCUUUGCCCUGGAACCCUCAGGCAAAUUGGCAUUCUACUGUCCUGAGAAGUUCACUGUUGCUAAAUGUAAGGUGAUGCACAUUGGGACGAAAAAUCCCAACAUCAAGUAUAGGCUGAUGAGGUCUGAACUUGCUAAGACUGAGAGGGAAAAAGACUGUAGUGGGGUCGUAGUGUACAGCUCGAUGAAAGUGUCAACCCAGUGUGCUGCAGUGGUGAAAAAGGCAAACUCUAUAUUACGGAUUAUUAGGAAAGAGAUUGAGAAUAAAACAGCGUAUAUUGUAAUGCCCCUGUGGAGAUCUAUUGUGUAGACAGAUCUUUGGUGUGACCUUAUUUGGAAUACUGUGUACAGUUCUGGUCACCAUAUCUCCAAAAGGACAUUGCAGAGCUGGAAAAAGUACAGAGGAGGGCAACCAAGAUGAUUCUUCCAUAAUAGUUUUGUUGGACCAGAGUUUGCAAGCUGCAAGUACAAAUAUCAAGAGGAGGAGGUAGUGAGUUUUUACUAACAGCUUUCUUUUUUAUGUAUAUAGAUAUUCUUUAUUUUACAAACAGACAACAAAUAUAAACAUACAAACAUAAACGGGGGGGAUAAAAUUCCAAUAUUUAACAUGUUUAUGCCUAAUUUAUGAUGCAUUUGUCUCAUAGCUUUAAAUUUUCUUUUGCAAAUAUAUAA